CACUAUAUAUUAUUAAUUAUUAAUUAAAUAUUAAUCAAUAUAAAUUGAAUGAAUAGAAUUGAUGUAAAUAAGUAAAUUGUAAUUGCGACCAAUGCAUAAAUGGUUGGCACCUUCUUCUAUACACUUCCUUCAAAUGGAUCGGCAAUUAUUUGUGGAGACGGACGACAGUGUUGUGGUAGAGUUGAGCCACAAAUUAUCUGCCGAUCAAUUGUCAGCAAAAGUACCUAAAAUGCAAGUCUCGGAAAAAGACGGACAAAUGUUUGCUCUAAACAACAGUUCAUUACAAUUAAUGCUUGAAAUGGAAAAACAAGGAAAACUUGGCGAUGGACUGAUUGAGGUAGAAGUCGUUCCCUUAAGCAAAGUGCCCACUAAUAUCCAAAUGGGAAUGACUGCCAACAAACACAUCGAUUUUAUCAAUACUCUUCAUUUAGACAACAACUGUGUGCACCCUAUUCGAGACAACCACAACUUUGAACCAGAAUCGUCAAAACCAGUGCCAAAGAAGAAAGGAUAUUACAAACUAGGGUUGGAAUUAGUAAAGACGGCGCCCAUUAAGCCGGACACUGGCGCACAAACUGUGACCACAAGUGACGCAUCAAUGGUGCGAUCGCCGCAUACGAGUGAUGAGGACUCUGACCACGACUUGGAAGACGUGGACGAAGAA